CUCUCUCUCUACCCUCCUCUGCGCUAGCUCAAGAACCCAGAAAGCUAUGGCGCCAUUCGGGUUCUCUCUCUGCAAGUUGUUUGCCCUUUUCUUGAUUCUUUUGACCUGUUCCUCCAAAGCCGCUCCUUUACCCACCCCCAUUUCAGACGAUGUCUUCGAAUCUCAGGCUCUUCUUGCUGGUCGGCAUCUCCUCCAGGCUAAGCAAGGUUGUCCAGUGAAUUUCGAGUUCCUGAACUACACGAUCAUCAUGAGCAAAUGUAAAGGACCUACUUACCCUCCCAAGGUCUGUUGUGCAGCGUUCAAGGAGUUUGCGUGCCCUUAUGCUGAUGUCAUAAACGACCUAACGAAUGAUUGCGCUUCAACCAUGUUUAGCUACAUUAACCUCUAUGGGAAGUACCCGCCCGGCCUUUUUGCUGCCGAAUGUAGGGAAGGAAAGCUGGGGCUCGAGUGCCCGGCAUUACCACCAUCAUCCUUAGCCAAUGACAGCAGCGGCGCUCAAAUCACAUGCCAUGCGCCCAUUCUAUUAGUACUUUCAGUUGGGUUCGUCAUCCUCGUGUUCCAGGUUCUGUUUGGACCAAGACUAUAAACUCUCUCCACUGCAAUUAUUGUAUUCUUUCUAUAAUAGCAUCGAGAAAUAUAUGAUUGCUGGCCUAUUCAUCUUUUGUCUA